AUGGACCUGCGUGAUAAGCUGGAGAGACACGUUAAACGUGCAUCGAAUGCAGCCCUGGCCAACAUCCGUGCCAUUCACCGACUCCUCGCUUCCAACAGCAGCAGCGGCGGUGACGACGACGACGACGACCACGACGACGAUGACAACGACGACGACAAUGAUGACGAUGAUGAUGAUGAUGAUGAUGAUGAUGACCACGCCCACGCUGGUGAUAAUGAUGAUGAUGGCGGUGUGAAGGGACGCAUGGGUGCUGCACACGUGUGGCGGUCGUUGUUCCUGAAGAGAAUGGCGCAAUCUGCUGUCCUCACGCCCCUACGCGAGAACGAUGAUGAUGGUGAUGGCAAAGGCAGCUGUGAGCGGUGGCGUGGUGCUCUUCUGUGCGAGGAUUCGAUUCCAGCCGUUCUUGAUCUCUACAUGGACGCCGUCAGCACCACAGACGCGCGCACAGAUGUGGGCCUCGCCGGCGUGCGGGUGCUGCUUGUACGAUCGCUGCGCGCCCUCGGCCACGACAUCGACGACAUAUCCGCACUUCUGCAUGGCGGAGACGCGCACAUGUGUCAGGACGACGUUGACGAUGACAGGACCAUCUGCAUCUCCGAUUGCAAUCAAGAUCCCGGUGGACAGGUACCAUCACCACCACCGCCAUCAUCGUCGUCAUCAGUGGUCUCCGUCAGCCCGCUGUGCAUCCAUCGCCCAAGCUGGCUGCCGUCGACGUCGCGCAUCCACGCGCACAUUGCACGACUGAAGAGGGGUGGCCCUGCGCACCAGCAACACAGUGGUGGAGGUGGUGGUGGUGGUGGAGGUGGUGGUGGUGGUGGUGGCAACGAUGACGAUGACGACGAUGGCACAGAUGAAGAUGCUCCCCAGCCACUGCCUUCUCACGAUGUCAACAACUGCUGUUGGUGGAUUGACGGCAUCCAUUCGCCACAAGCACAAAAGUUGUAUUCGCGUCACUUUUCGUCGUCUCCACUCGGCACCGGCCCACCGUUUGAGGACUCAAACCGCAUCCACUCUCUCCUCCGCACACACGUGCAGUCGCUGCAUCGACAGCAGUGGGAGGUGUUCCAAGCUGCUGUGACGUCAGGGCUGGAAACAUCUGCCUCGACACGUGUUGAUGAGCUGUUGGACAUCCUGUCCACGCUCCAAGCAUCACCAACCUCCGACCCGAACAUUGUCAUGCUCCUUGAAUCGCUGUGCGCGGAAGCAUGCAAGACAACAGCGUUCUUGCAGUCAAAAGGACAGACAGUCCAGUCGUUUUGGAAACGCGUACAGCAAGACCACAACGACGGCAACGAUGAUGAUGUUGAUGAUGAUGAUGGUGGGCAUCAACAUGUGUGA